CAGUGAAGAAAUUCACGUGGAGUUGAUAAAGCCGCAGAGGUUUACCCCAAAAUUACAAGGUUUUAAUCCACAAAAUGCCAAAAUCUAAACGAAAUAGGGCAGUUUCAUUGACCAAAGCGAAGAAAAAGGGCUUGGAGUUAAAAACAGGACUGGUGAAGGAGAUCCAAGAGUGCGUGGACAAUUAUGCCUUCAUGUACGUAUUCUCUGUGGAAAAUAUGAGGAAUAGUAAACUUAAGGAAGUGAGAAACGAAUGGAAACAUAGCAGGUUUUUCUUUGGAAAGAAUAAAGUCAUGACCAUUGCCCUUGGCAGAGAAAAGGAAACAGAAUAUAAGGAAAACUUACAUAAGAUAGCUAAUAAAUUAAAAGGACAAUGUGGAUUGAUGUUUACAAAUCAAGCUAAAGAAGAUGUAGUGAGAUGGUUUAACGACUACAGUGAACUGGAUUAUGCCAGGUCAGGCAAUGAAGCAACAGAUGAUGUCACAAUAGAUGCAGGUCCACUGGAUCAGUUUCAGCACUCGAUGGAACCACAACUCAGACAGCUUGGACUUAAUACAACUCUUAAAAAAGGUAUCAUAACACUUCAAACCGAUUUCCAAAUCUGCAAAGAAGGUGACACUCUAACCCCAGAACAGGCCAGACUCUUGAAACUCUUUGGAAACCCACAAGCUGAAUUUCACAUCAGUCUCCUUUGCAUGUGGUCCCAGAGUGGAAUAUUUGAAGAGCUCACUUAGACUGUUGAAUUUCUCUAUGAUUUUAGUUAUUUGUAAAAUAAAAAUUUUGAAACUGAAUCAAAUAAAAGAUUCAAUAACCUCUAUAUACAAAGUAAUGUUUUGAAAGUUUCAUUGCUACUUUUCCUUAACCCUUUAACUCCUAAAAGUGACCAGCAUCUAAUUUCUCCUUACAGUAUCAAUGCUGAAUCACGCACAAAGGUUAAAGGAAUUAACCCUUUAACUCCCAGGAGUGACCAAGGCAGAAUUUCUCCUUACACUAUCAAUACAAUAUCAAGCAUGGAAGUAAUGAGAAUAAAGUAAAAUAUCAAUUAGGGGAUCAUUAGUUGAUCCAAUACCAAAUUCUCCAAAUUGACAUCAUAAGAAUUGUAUGGCAGACAGUAGGGAGAAUUACUAACAAAAUCAUGGGAGUUAAAGGGUUAAAGAAAUUAUCACAAAUUUAAGGAGCUCUUGAUUGUUAAACAAAUUCUCCCUGUCAGCACUUUUAGUAAAUAUGUAGAGAACUCUAUGGAGAAUAUGCACACUGAUGUUAGGGUCUAUUUGGGUUUGAGCACAAAUUUUUCUCCUCAGUAGAAUUUUAGGUUGCCCUGAUCUUUUUUGCAAAGAUAAUUUUCAUUUCAAAUUUAUUUUGAGGCCAUGGGUAUUUGGAGAUUAUCCAUACAUUACAAUUUAUAUACAAAUAGAACAAUAAUAAU